AUCUCAGUUGGAAAGGUAUGUACAUACAUACAAGAUAUAUGGAUACGACAUCAGCAAUGUUGUAUGUAUUUGUAAAACGUUCUAAAUAAUAUAACCUUAGUCUGAGAAAUAUAUUCGAAGAAACAAGGAGUGAAAAAUCUGUUAGAAAUGGAUCGAAUGGCAGAUGUGCGUGAUAUAUUAGAUAUCGAGGUGCCCACGACUAGUGAGCUUACAAAGGAAUCUAUUAUAGGCAGUGACAAGAAGAAUCGAAAAAAAUAUGAAUAUAGCAGGUCAAAGAGACCGGAGGGUAUGCAUCGGGAGGUGUUUGCACUGUUAUGCAAGGAUAAUAACGAUGUGCCACCGCUAUUUCCGACGGACACAGCAAAAGGAUACAAACAAGUCAGAGCUAAGCUUGGUAUGAAAAGAGUUAGACCAUGGAAGUGGACACCGUUUACUAAUCCUGCAAGGACCGAUGGUGCAGUGUUUCAUCAUUGGAGACGAGUUGCAGAUGCUGGAAAAGAAUAUCCUUUUGCUAAAUUUAAUAAAAAGGUUCCUAUUCCAAGUUACACCAAUGCAGAAUACGUUCAGCAUUUGGUGACAAAUGGUUGGACAAGAGCAGAAACUGAUCAUCUCUUUGAUUUGUGUAGAAGAUUUGACUUGAGAUUUAUCAUAAUCAAAGACAGAUGGGAUUGUACAAAAUUUCCAGCAAGAUCGGUAGAAGAUUUGAAAGAGAGAUAUUACCAAGUUGGUGCUGCUUUAACAAAGGCAAAGUCCCACACUGAUAAGGUUUAUGUAUUUGACGCAGAACAUGAAAAACGUAGGAAAGAACAGCUAAAAAAAUUAUUUGAGAGAACACCGGAACAAGUAGAGGAGGAACAAAUGUUGUUAGCUGAAUCAAGGAAAAUUGAACAAAGAAAGAGGGAAAGAGAUAGAAAAACACAAGAUUUGCAAAAAUUAAUAACAGCUGCUGAUCAUCAAGCAGAUCCAAGAAAGAAUGAAAGAAAACCUACAAAGAAGAGUGGUGCUGCUGCAAGAAAUAGACCUAAUAAGGCUGAUGCUUCUCAUACAGUGGAAUCCGCUGGAAUUAAGUUUCCCGAUUUCAAGAAUAGCGGUGUUUCGCUACGUUCUCAGAGAAUAAAGUUGCCGAGUAGUUUAGGGCAGAAGAAAAUGAAGGGUAUCGAACAAAUGCUGAACGAAUUACGAUUAGAAUUAAAUCCACCGCCUACAGAGCAAAUAUGUCAGCAAUUUAAUGAGCUAAGAAGCGACAUCGUAUUACAUUAUGAACUUCGAAGCGCAUUAUCAACUUGCGAUUACGAAUUACAAUCAUUAAGGCAUCAGUACGAAGCUCUAGCUCCUGGAAAGACGUUAACGAUACCAGCGGCACUGUUACCGAAAACAGAACCUGAAGUGAAGGCGGAUAUAAUAGACGUGGUUGGUUCACCGAGUAUGCCAACAAUUACCCACUAAUAUUUGAAAUAAAUAAAUUAGAUCGAUAAGAAUUGUAAAUAAUUUCUCAUUUCAUCUAUGACUUUCUGUACAAUUUUUUACUUUCUAUUAGACAUUCAUUAAAA